UUCGCCGCUCCAAAGAUGCGUCUGGAAUCCGUGGUAUCUCUGUCUGUGCUUCUAGCGAUCUCUUCCGCCUGUGAUCCAGAUGGUUUCCGUCGUGACUCAUCAACAUGCGAUAGAAAGUUCCACAACGACCUUCAGAGAACUGGAUUCGAUCUACAAUCCAACUUCAACUGCUGCCCGUUCCAUCAGAUGGUCGAAUGCAUGAAGCUCGCAGCGCGCUACAGCGAUUGCGGAAAGGAGAGGCUUCACAUCGGGGAGAUCAAACGCUUGAGACAAUCGCAGGGACUCACUCGAGCUGAUUGCAUAGAGGGGAAAGAGCAGUGCCAGCUGAGACUCUACGAAAUUUGA